CUCAACGUCAUCAGUAGGCGCCAUCCCGCCCCUUUAGUGUUCAAGCUCCUGGCGCGCGAGGCUCUCUCUUUUUUCCCCCUCUCACGAGUGGAGCUUUCUCUACGUUCCCCGAAGACAUGUUUCCAUCCGUCUCCUCUCCGCGGACCCCGGGGCCGGGGACCCGAAGGGGUCCGCUAGUCGGAAUCGGGCCGGCGUCCACGCCUAGGGCGAGCAGAAGGGGUCUGUCUCUCGGGUCUGCAGUUAGCUCGCCCGUGCUGUUCUCUCCGGUGGGCCGGCGCAGCUCGGUGAGCUCCAGAGGAACACCCACACGGAUAUUUCCUCACCAUUCCAUAUCAGAGUCUGUGAACUACGAUGUGAGAAUGUUUGGAUCGUCUCUCCCUGUUAAAAUCAUGGAAGCUCUGACACUGGCUGAGGCUGACGACCAGCUAUCUGUCCACAUAGAUGAAGGUGGGUGGGCUUGCCUGGUGUGCAAAGAGAAACUCCUCGUUUGGAAGAUUACUGUGUCACCUGUCACUAAGUUAUCUGUUUGCAAAGAACUCCAGCUGCCCCCUAGUGAUUUCCACUGGAGCGCUGACCUGGUGGCACUCUCUUAUGCUGCAACCUCAGGUGAAGUACAUUCCGUUCAGGCUGUUGCUGUCAUGGUUGCUACCAAAGAGGGGUCCAUCCGCUACUGGCCCAGCCUCGCCAGGGAAGACACCUACUCAGAGACCUGUGUGGAUCUGGGAGGCGAGAAGAUGUGUAGGUUCCUGACAGCAGUGCAGGGAGGAAGUUUCAUCCUGUCCUCUGUGGGGAGCCAGCUAAUUCGAUUGAUUCCUGAAAGCUCAGGGAAGAUUCACCAGCACGUCCUGCCCCAGGGCCAAGGCAUGCUUUCAGGGAUUGGCCGAAAGGUUUCUUCCCUUUUUGGGAUUCUGUCCCCUACUAGUGACCUCAUGCUGGCCAGUGUUCUGUGGGACAGAGGAAGAUCGAGUUUCUACACCCUGACAAGUUCAAACAUCUGUAAAUGGGAACUGGAUGAUUCUUCAGAAAAACAGGCUCACAGUUGGGAUAUGCACAGAGCCCUGAAGGAAAGCAUUACUGAUGCUAUUUGGGGAUCUGAAAGUAACUAUGAAGCUAUUAAAGAAGGGGUCAACAUUCAGUAUUUGGACUUGAAGCAAAACUGUGAUGGGCUCCUGGUUUUGGCAGCAGCGUGGCACCUGGGAGACAGUCCCUGCCUCAUCUAUUACUCGCUGAUAACUGUAGAAGACAAUGGUAACCAAAUGUCAGAUACCGUCACCGUGGAAGUUACUCAGUACAACCCACCUUUCCAGUCUGAAGACCUGAUUACAUGUCGGUUGAUGGUGCCAAACUUUUCAAGCCAGAUGACCUAUCUCUAUAUGGAGAAUGCCAUUUUCGUGUGCUCCACAGGAACUGGGAAGUUUUCUCUUCCUCAGGAGAAGAUUGUCUUUGAUACACAAGGAGAUGGCAUUUUGGGUGCUGGGUCCUGUGGCGGUGUUCCGAUCCUUUUCUCUAGGAACAGUGGUCUGGUGUCUGUCACUCCAAGGGAAAGUGUGUCCCUAUUAGCAGAGGACCUGGAAGAGUCUUUGGCCUCUUCAGUUGGUGGACGGGGCAGUGAGAGUAUGGUUUUUGAGACCACAACAAAAAAUGAAACUGUAGCCCAUGAAGAUAAGACAAAACUACUUAAAGCUGCAUUCCUACAGUACUGCAGGAAAGAUUUGGGCCGUGCUCAGAUGAUGGCUGAUGAGCUGUUUUCCUCUCACUCUGACUUGGAUUCGGACUCGGAGUUAGACAAGGCUGUGACUCAGAUCAGCAUGGACCUGGUGGAUGACUACCCGGCCUCUGACCCACGGUGGGCAGAGUCAGUCCCCCAGGAGGCCCCUGGGCUGAGCAACACGUCACUGAUCAUUCUGCACCAGCUGGAGGACAAGAUGAAAGCCCACUGUCUCUUGGUGGACUUCCUUCACCAAGUCGGCUUGUUCAGACGUCUGAGCUCUUAUCCAAUCAGAGGGACGCCCAUGACUACCCGACUGCUGCUCUGUGAACAUGCAGAAAAGCUGUCAGCUGCCAUCACACUCAAAAAUCAUCACUCUCGGCUGCCUGACCUGGUGAAUGCAGCUAUCCUGCUCGCCCUGAACAAGAGGGAGUGUGAGGUCCCAUCCAGCCUGACUCCUGCUGAUGUCUUCUUUCGAGAGGUGUCCCAGGUGGACACUAUCUGCGAGUGCCUGUUGGAGCAUGAGGAACAAGUCCUGCGUGAUGUUGCGUUGGACUCUCAGGAGUGGGCAGAGGUGGCGAUCCAUGUCAAUACAGUCCUCAAGGACAUGCUACAGGCUGCCACUCAUUAUCGCCUAAACAGAAGCUCCAUGUACAGUCGGGAAGAACCACUAGGGGAGGAACCAGAGUAUGUGCCGUGGACAGCUACAAGUGGUCCGUCCGGUAUCCGCACAGCAAUCAUGCGCCAGCAUGGGAUCAUCCUGCAGAUGGUGUACCCUCAAGCUGAUAGCAACCUCCGGAGCAUUGUAAUGGAGCAGCUGGUGGCACUGAUUGACUGCUUUCUGGACAGUUACGUUUCCCAGCUGAAGUCUCUAGAGAAAUCCAGUGACCAAGAAAGAUACAGCAAUCUGGAAGUGGAAUACCUGCAGAAGAGAUCGGACCUCCUCUCUCCGCUUCUCACACUAGGCCAGUAUCCAUGGGCAGCUUCUCUGGCAGAGAAAUACUGCGACUUUGAUAUCCUGGUACAGAUGUGUGAACAGACAGACAACCAGGCCCGACUCCAGCGCUACAUGACCCAGUUCGCUGACCAGAAUUUUUCAGACUUUCUCUUUCGUUGGUACCUGGAAAAAGGAAAGCGGGGCAAACUAUUAUCUCAGCCCAUUUCUCAACAUGGACAGUUGGCAAAUUUUUUGCAAGCCCAUGAGCAUCUCAGCUGGUUACAUGAAAUUAAUAGUCAAGAAUUAGAAAAGGCUCAUAUGACACUGCUCGGUUUGGCAAACUCAGAAACUCGUUACUUUGCAAAGAAAAAAACCCUUCUUGGCUUGAGUAAACUGGCUGCAUUAGCUUCAGACCUUUCAGAGGACACGCUGCAAGAGAAAAUUGAAGCAAUGGCUGAGCAAGAGCGCUUCCUGCUACACCAGGAGACCCUGCCAGAGCAGCUUCUGACCGAGAGACAGCUGAGUCUUAGUGCGAUGCCUGUGUUGACUGCACCCCAGCUCAUCAGUCUGUACAUCUGUGAGGAGAACAGAAGAGCCAAUGAGUACGAUUUUAAGAAAGCCUUGGACUUGUUGGAAUAUAUUGAUGAGGAGGAAGACGUGAGCAUCGAUGAGCUGAAGCUGGAGAUCCUGUGCAGAGCACUUCAGAGAGAUGACUGGUCCGGUUCAGAUGGUAAAGAUGAUCCAAUCGAAGUAUCUAAAGACAGUGUAUUUGUGAAGAUCUUGCAGAAACUUAUAAAAGACGGCAUCCAGCUCAGCGAAUACUUGCCAGAGGUGAAGGACCUACUUGAAGCAGCGCAUCUGGGAAGCCUGAAGUCCAACCCUUACUUUGAGUUUGUUCUAAAAGCAAAUUAUGAGUAUUAUGUCCAAGGACAGAUGUGACCUUUGUAGAAAUGGUUGUUCUAAAAUUUGUAUAAAUAUUUGCUUAUAAAAAAAUUUGAGGCUGAAAAAACUAGGUUUUAAUCAACUUGAAGUUUAUAUAGUU